AUGUGCCAUUUCACCUCCUCUAAUUAUCUUCUAACCUUUUUUCCACUUUGCUUUUGUCACCUUAAUUGUCUCGGACAUUACUCCUUUGAUAACUCUCCUAAGUCCCACUGUCAGUCUCUUAACGACAAAAUUGACUUGCUUAAAAAUUCUGAUAAAUCCACUGAUAACUCACAAAAUGACUCUAAAAUUGCCGACCUUAAAUCACAAUUGAAAGAUCAUGUUGCCAAGUAUCACUCCCUUUCUGAGUCUGACAGGACUGCCCAGCUUAAGGACAUCCAGUCCAGGAUGCUGUCUCUUGCUGAGCUCAGUGGGAAGCUUGGCCAAUUUAUUGGCCAAAGUGACGCUGUUACCAAAGCAAUUAAUGAUGGUAUUGACGCAAUUAUUGACAGUGACAAUGAGUUCAAAAGCCUUAAAAACUCUCAGUCUUCGCCUGCGCAGCCUUCCGCUGCCGUGCCUGCUGGGCUUAUAAAUGAUGCUGAGCUUGAGCAGAAAAUUAAGAGUUAUGAAGCUCUUAAAAAGCCUCUUGAAGAACGUCAAAAUGACAAAAUUUCUCCCCUCUCCUCUGAAGAUUCUCGCCUUUUAUCCUCUCAUCAGUCCAAGUUGGAUGCUCUUCAGACGCUGAAGAGCCUUAAUGAGUCUUUGAAUUCUCUUAGUAAAAAUAAUGAUAACAAUUGUAAAAACCUUUUAGAACAUCUUUGUACAGGCCUCGAAAAUUUUCUCGGCUACCAGGAUGGUAAUUACACCGGGAAAGGAAUCGUGUACUCGGACCUUGACAGGCUCUGCGACGGGGUGAUGGCGUUCCUUCAUGGAGUUCUUGAGAGUGUGAAGGAUGAUGAGAGUGUUACAAUAUAUGAUGUUAAAGAACCUUCAAAAGAUAUUACUUCAGUUAUUGCCUUUCUUAACUCUAAUGUAGGUAAAGGCCGUCAGGCCUUCCCGUCUGCCGUGCAUAAGGUAAGUGAGUGGUUGAAAAAACAUGCUGCGCAGGUGGAGGAGAGGACUGGAGAAGUGAAGAACAAAUUAGGUGAGUUGAUUGGUAAUUUGUCAUCUGGUGCAGGUGAAAAUGAGAAUGUGUAUUACAAGAAUGUCAAGGAGCAAGAGGAGCACAAGCUUCAAGACCAAUUGAAGUCUUGGAAGUCCACCUUAGUAAGCCUCAAAAAUGAGGUUGACGGCAUUAGAAACACGCAGAUUAAGGCUUUAGAUAACACAUUACAAUCACAAAUAACUCACAAAAUAGAUCCGAUAACUAGCGUUAUCGAGCACUUGCAGAACUCAGCUAGCGAUGAGGUCAUGGCGGCGUGCCAGGCUGUAGACGAUAGGCUCACGGAGCAGCAGAAGAAAGUUACAGACCAGAUCACAGAAUAUUGUGAAGGCUUAUUAGAGGUUUUAUAUGAGCGGUUUACGAAUGUAUUCGAGAAAAUUAACGACCUGCAAGGCGCACGAUCUGAGCAAUUUGCGCGCAUAAAAGACCUUGUCAACUUCCUUAAUGAUGCCGUUGGUCAUGUUGUUAAGAAUUAUGACAAGACUUAUAAUCAUAGGAUUUCGGAACAUUUUGAAUCUAUCAGAACGUUGUUGCAGACUGUUGAUCCGUCUAAGAAAAAUCCUGGUAGCCAGCAUUCGCAGCUUCAUGACGAUGUUGAGCAAAUCAAGAGCAAUCUUAUAACUGUUGGUAAAGAGUUGCAGGGAUAUGUUGAGAGUUUGGGAAACAAAAAUAAGGAGGCAGAGCAGAUGCGUAGUGAAGCUCACAACCAGGCUAGUAAGGCUUUGGAAAUGGUUAAGGAUCAAGAUGAAAACAAGUAUCCAACCAAAAUUGAAAAUGCCGCCAAUGUUUUGAAGACAAAAAUUGAGUGGCUUAAGACUACGUAUGACUCCGCUAGAGCGGAGGUUAGCAAGGCGAAGGACGCAGCGUUGCAAACGCUCGGACAGUUGGAUGGUCUUAUUAAAACAGACUUAGGAGAUUUGAAAGAACAGAUUAAUACGGAGAUCUGGAAACACGUCAAGGACGUAGUUCAGAAGGUGAUGGAAGCUGCGACGAAGGCUGAUACGAAGAAUAUGUAUCGCCCAGAUGGUGCUAUCACUCCCGGAUUUGACUACUUGAAUGGUAAUAAUGGUUUCGAAGGUGCAUUGGGAAGUAAGAUGUUGACAGCUGCAAAGACGAUUGACAUUCGAAGAGCUAUAGAAGGGGCGUUGGAUGCAAUGAAGGUGUUUGGAAAGUUGGGUACAGAUGGCGCCAGAUUCGGGACGUAUGAUGUAAUUAAACCAAUCUGCAGGGAUAUUUCGAGACAUGCUGGAUCCGCCUUCAAGGAGGCUCACAUGCUGUCUGGUAACGUUGAAAGUGUCAUGAAAAAUUAUCAGGGAGAAAAAGGCUCUGGAACAGAUGGAAGUGGUAAAAUGAAGCUUGAAAGGCAGAUUAAUGAGAUAAAUGUUGAAGAUCUUGAUGGCUCGAAACGCAACUACAGGGCGGGACUGUCGCAUACUCUCAACCUGACUGUCCAAAAAGAAAUAGACCGUAUGCACUCCGCCAUCACCUCCGCCCUGUCAUCGUUCACCGGUGCACUCGAACCUUUUCUCAAAAAUAGCACCAACGGCGUGGUGGACAAGUUGCAGGAGCUGAAGAAGAAAAUUGGAAUUGCAGAUCCGAAAGGUACUGAGAGUAUUGGAGGUCUUCACAAGAACAUUGAAGAUCUUAAAACCAGAGAGUUCACUGACGAGUCAACCAAGAGCCUAACCGAAAUGACCAGCACAAUUCAACAGGCCAUCAAAACCGUUAUACUCAAAGUUGAGACACUGCAAGCUGUGCCGGGUGAGGUGGAGAAAAAGAAGAAGGAUAUAGAUAAAUUCAUGGCUGAAUUGAAACACAACUUUCAACAAAUUAAAAGAGAAAUUGACAUCAUUCACAGCAUUCUGACGGAUGCUGAUAAUGUUCUGGAAAGGUCCAUACAAUCGGUAAGUGAUGUUGUCUUCUCAGCACAGGACAUGAUGACCAGAACCAUUGACAAAUCCAAAAGAGAACUCAUAAGACACGUCGAAGAUGCCUUCGAAGAGAUCACCGUCCAAGGCAGACUUCUAUUCUCGCACUCCCGAACGGCCGACCUAACCGCCCUAAAAUCCCUAGUCGACGCACAAAAAACAGCGAUCGAAGGGAUAAUCACAAAGGACUUGGCGAACGGCGUCAAAGGCUUAUUGGACAAAAUACACAAAACUCAUAACAUUCUCGGACCAAUUAAAAACGAAAAAGAAUUAAAAAUCGGAACUCCAAGAUUCAAGGAAUUUUAUAACGGCAUUUGGACAUACAUCAUUGGUCAAAUUGCCGACCAUCCCUCCAAGGAGAAAGCGUCAAAAGCCAACGAAGCGUUAACUGACUUACUCCAGAAAAUGAUAAAAGAAAACCAUUUCAGCCAUGAGGUCUCCGAUUUGAUUAAAAAGACCGCCGAAAUGGCGGAGAAAUUCACCCCCGCCAAUUUCACUUCUCCCUCCAGUCCCAUCCUGCAAGCGCUCAAGGACGGAAUCGGCGCCCUGGCCAAGCAACUCGGCUACGCAUAUGUGAGCACGUACUGCUGUAAGAAGUUUGAUGGUGCGUUGCUUGAUCCUCAGGAUCCCACUACGUCAGACGACAAGCGUAAAUUGACUGAGUACGGCAAGCAGCUGUCUAAGGUUUUCAUGACCUGUCUGCCUGGUUGGACAAGAUAUCUGUACGAUCUGCGGGUUAGAUGUCAUAACAAUCCGCAGGGCCCGUGGAAUAGUCUACAAAUUAAUAAGCUUGGGAAACACAAAAGUCUCGGAGAUUGGUUUGACUCCCGCGGUUACCGUGUCUCUAAGGAAGAUAAUGGACACGACGGGGAGUUGAAGAAUAAGAUAGAUUUUACGGGUGAACAAAUUAGGAUAUUACUUGGCCAUAAACUGAACAAAUUAGAUUCCAAAUUACUCACUCAUUUACAAUCUCUGAAAUUGAGUAAUGGCCAAUACACAACACUUCCCUACCUACUGCGUUACGUCAGCGGUACACUAGAUGACUACCGCAGCGUCUGCCACUACAACAUCCCUCCAAAACCCAGAGCCCCGUCCAACAUCUAUCUCAUGCUCCAGUGGACUGCCGGCCUCAAGUACAACCACAUGUACGGUGAAGUCAAGAGCCAGCUUGGCAAUGUGCUUAAGGGCCUACAAAAUGAGCAUAAAUUAGAAACAGAAGCUUUACCAGUAGCCGUGCAAUCGGAUAUGCGAGGCUUAAUUAAUACACCUCUAGACUCUACACAAUUAACUAAAGCACUUGAUAACGUCUGCUACUACGCCGGAGAAACAUUAGUCGCCGUGCUCGGCCACGGCCACGCUGACGGUGUGUAUGCCUCUGAUCACCUCACUAACUCAAGUAAUUUAUUGUAUCCUGGUAGCGGUGGUGCGUGCUUGGACAUGUUAGCAGAUGUGUUAUUUAGACUGUAUCAGCAACUGUGGUUCCUAUGUAAGCAGUGCCUCGGUGGCAAAAGUCACAGCGGGUGGCGUGAUUGCUCGUACGGCAGGUACGUCGGUGGGUCACAUUGGCAGUGUAACGAGAGACAAUGUGCUAACCUAGAGUGUAACCUAAGACCUAACCAAAAGGGGAACCUAAGUGCCAACCAAAAGGCUGACCAAACAGUUACCCAAAAGGCUGACAAACGCUGUGGCCAACAUCCCGAUUGUGGCAUGAAAUCCCCUUUGCAGUCUUUCUUAGAGGACGGAUUGCAAGGGUUCCUGCCUCAUUCGUUUAGCAGUCCCGGCUGCAAACUAACGUGCACGGUUUCCAAUCAUAGGGGACUCCCCUGUAAGACGCCAAUGGGCUUUGCCGAUAUAGGUGUCCUUGCUUCCCAUACGAAAACAGGGGCCUAUCUCGAAGCUGCACUUUACAAUCUAUGCGGUCCGUAUUCUGCCCUCAGUAAACUCUGUAACAUGCUGAACUGCGUACUCCGCCGAGCACCUCAGACGCUUGACGAUAUUUUCGGUUUCUUCCGUGGCUACCUGGCAAACUGGAACAGCCUCCCUCCAGUGAAUAAAGAGGCCAUCACACAUAAGAGCGUGGCCUUUAAGAAUGCCAUUAAGGAAGCAUAUUUCGGCCGGGAAUAUCUAGAGUUGUGUCCGACUAUAUUGUUCACCACCCGUGUACAUCAAUCGGGGAACAAGUCAAACCAUUCCAAAGGUGAUCUGUUCACCAUAUCCGAAUGUGAGGGUAGCGCAGUAGAUACAUGUGGUCUCUACGUCGAAUCACUAUCAUCCAGCACGUAUAGCGUUUUCUCGUCGUACCAUAAUAAGCAAUACCUGUCGUGGUUCCUGUACUCGGCUGAGACCUUGUAUAGUUUGCUGGACAGAUUAUAUAAACAGUGCUGUAAUAACUGCACGUCUCCGGGAGCCAAAUGUCAUGGUACGAGAUGUGCUAAGGAAUGUCAAGUAAAACAGGCAUAUGAAGCUCAAACAGCUGAUGAUGCAGCGUCAGAGAGCAAGACACUCGACGGCAAAAAUCACACUGAAAAUUGCAGUUCCAUUGUCAGAUGCCAAAACGCACUGCCCACACUAUAUAUGUAUGGUUUCAGUUUCGGAAACCCAUUGGGAUUAUGCGGCACAGGAAAAUCAACAGCAGCUAGAAGAACGUGCAAGGAUUUCUGCAGUGCAUUGAAAAAGAUUCUAGAAGAAGAAUCUGCACUCAUUCAACUAAUUAAGCAGAUCGAUGAAUUCAUUUGGAAGAUAAGAGAGAAUUUCACUAUAACAUUGUUAGCCCUCUGGUCGCUGUCGCUCCUGUACCUGCUGCACAUCGCCGUCGUCCGCCUCGACGUCCUGAGGAUACGCUCACACCUGCGCUCACCCUCAAGCCACCGCAUCGCCGCGCAGUCCCUCCUCGCCGUUGCAAAGCCUCUUAACUACUGUGAUCACUUGACUAACCAAAUUAACAACCUUAAAAAUUCUAACAUCCGUAAUGAAAAUAAGCUGAGUAAACUUCAAUCCGACUUAAGCAGCCACAAAAGUGAAGUGCAUAGUAAUGCGUCCAAAAGGGACGGUGCGUUGAAGGACAUCCACUCCAGGUUGCUGUCUCUUGCUGAGCUCAGUGGGAAGCUUGGCCAAUUUAUUGGCCCUGAAAAGGCUGUUACAAAGGCCAUUGAAAAUGCUAUUAACACUAUUAUUAACAGCAAUGAAGACUUCAAAAGCCUUAGAAAGUCUUCGUCUUCGACUGGGCAGCCUUCCGCUCCCGUGUCUGCUGUGUCCAUAGAUACUAAUAUGCUUGAUGAGAAAAUUCAGCAUUAUGAGAAAGAAAUUGAGCUUCUUGAAUCUAAUAAAAAUUCCCAAAAUCCUCCCCUCUCCGCUGAAGAGUCUCGCCUUUUAUCCUCUUAUGAGUCCAAGUUGGAUGCUCUUCAGAAGCUGAAGAGCCUUAAUGAGUCUUUUAAAUCUCUUAGUACUACACAAAGUGAUAACUGUAAAAACCUUUUAAAUAACCUGUGCACUGGCUUGGAGAAGUUUCUUGGUUACCAAGAAACUUCCAAAGGCUACGACGGCACUGGCAUCGUGUACUCGGACCUUGACAGGCUCUGCGACGGGGUGAUGGCGUUCCUUCAUGGAGUUCUUGAGAGUGUGAAGGAUGAUGAGAGUGUGAAGACUUAUGAUAUUACAGAUGGUAAGAAGAUUGAUAAAGUUAUUAACACUCUUAACACUAAUGUAGGUAAAGGCCGUGAGGCCUUCCAGGCCGCCGUGUCUCAGGUAAGUGGGUGGUUGAAAAAACAUGGUGAGCAGGUGGACAAGGCAACGGGAGAAGUGAAGAACAAAUUAGGUGAGUUGAUUACUAAAUUAUCAUCUGAUGCAGGUAAAAAUAAUAAUGAGUAUUACAAGGAAGUGGAGAACCAAGCCGGCCAGCCGCUUGCCGACCAACUGGCGGCGUGGAAGGAUACACUUAAUAAAAUUUCUAGCGCACUUAGAGACAGUGUACAAAUAGAAAUUGAUAAAUUAGAUAGCGCACUUAGAGGUAGAAUAGAAGUAGAGAUGAAGCCCGUCAGCACGGCAGUUAAGAUGUUGACUGAUUCUGCCAAUGAUGAGGUCUUCAGGCUGCAGGUUACAGGCGUGGAUCAGAUGCUGGUUGAACAGCGGGAACGCUGUGAGAAGAGCAUAAUAGAGGAAUGUGAAGUGCUUCAAAUGUGGCUAGAUGAUGGAUUCGGAAAGAUCUGGAAAGGUAUUACCAGAAUGAACGAUAAGAGGAAUGAGCAGUUUGCCCAUAUUAGGAAUGCAGUGAAUCCCGCGAAGCUGCAUAUAAAUAAUUUAUUAGCGAAGUUUGACGGAACGUAUAAGUAUGAGAUCGGCAAUCGACUUAACGAAAUAGCGUCUAAACUUAGAGAUGUUAAUAAAGAUGAGUAUGCAGUUGGCGCGAAAGAUGGCAAGUCGCGACUUAACCAGGAAGUUAAUUCACUGACCAAUAAGGUUAUUGAGUUGGAACGUGUAUAUCAUGCGGAGUUGAAAAAUAUUAAAGCAAAGGUGGAUGGAUUGGUUGAUUUAACUAAGACGCAAGUGAAUAAAUUUACUGACAAGAUUAAAGAAGACUUGAAGAAGCUUAAAACGGAGACUAUUAAGAACGCAAUAAGUGGAUUUACCGGCAAGUUGAGGAGCGACGUAGAAAUAAUCGCAAAAGCUGCCUCAACACAUGGCGCAUUAAAUGGCGAGUUGGCUAACUUGAAGCUUCAGGCGCUUAAAAAAUUGGCGGAAGCUGCUCAAAAAAGCAAACUUCAAGUGCAGAAUUCGGACGACGAAUCCUUUGACAUUGAUCUCGGCCAGUUGAAUGAAUGUUUUAAAACCAUACUAGGGAAAUUCACAUAUUCGGACUCUUCAAUUAACGGGCCUAAAACUUUCGUCGACACGGUGACGUCGGACAUUAAUGAGGAAGUGAGUGACGCAUUGAAGGAUAUCGAGAUUGAGAAGAGUUCGACGUUUGCAACUCACAUGAAAAAUUAUGUGGACCAAAAAAUAGGCAACGUUAAUAACAAAUGGUCUCGCAUUAAGCACGCUUUUGGCGAAACGCUAAAGGCGUUCGAUACAGGUGGCUAUCAGGUAGUAACCUCUGCGAUUAAUGGCUACGCCGUGGCCAAUAAAGCCAUUAUGGACGUCAUAAAGUCUGCUCUUGACAUAAUAACGACGCUUGAAAAGACUCCGCAAUUUGCUGUGGAAAAGAAGGCAGACAUAGAUGAACUCAUGGUGAAAUUGAAAAAUGACAUUGAAGGUGUUCGCGAUCGGAUUAAUUACAUUGAUCAAAUGGUUAAGGAAACCGCUGAUGCAUUGACAAUGGUCAUCAGUGAACUAGUUAACGCGUACAAUGAAGCUCGUAAAAACGCCCGCAAUGCGCUAUCCAACCUCCAAAAAAAGCUCCUUGAUGAAGUAAAAAAAGCCUUCGAAAAAGUCACCACCGAAAUCCAAAAACUUUUCUGCAAACAACAUGAAGCGGACAUAACAGCCCUGCACAAAUUAGUAACCGAGCAAAAAUCCGCCAUUGGGAAUAUCAUGGAUAUCGACUCGGCAAACGGCGUUAAAGGUUUGCUUGCAAGGUUGAAAAUUAACCAUGAAACACUUUAUCAGAUCCCCGUUCAAAACGACACGAAAGAGGCGGCGAAAUAUGUAAAGCAUUAUUGUGAUCCACUUAUGAAGUACAUCAAAGAUCAAUCCAUGACUCCAGUCCCACCUUCAGGUAAGGAGGAAAACGACAUGUCCUAUGCAGUCAACAAAAUCCACGACCAUCUCACCACAUUACUCACCCACCUGACAAAUAACGACAACCGUAAAUAUAGUUUCGACCAUGACUUCAUAAAAUUACAUGAUUCAAUUACCAACGCACUUAACCAUUUCACCCCUGCCAAGCUCUCCGGUAUUUUCAACGCUCCGUUGAUUGACGCCUUGAGAGCCGGGUUGACAGAUUUCUGCACGCAACUUGGCCAUGUUUAUGUUAACGAAUAUUCGGGGCUGACCGUUGAUUGGACGAAGACAAUUAAUAAUAAACCUGAGUUGACUGAUGAUGCCGACCGUUGCGCUAUGCUUUUUCUCACCUGCUUGUCAACUUUGUUUGAAAACCUUAGCACGCUGAUAAAUCAUUGCGGGAAUGCGUGCACAUCUGAUCAAAUUGAUUCGAAUACAAAACUCGGCAAAUGGUUCCAUAAGUGUGGCUUCCGUGUUUCCACGGGUGACGCAAAUCGGGACGGUGAGUUGAGGAAUAAUGCCGAAUGCAAGGGGCGUCACAUCAUACCUCUCAUCACUGACGGUAAGGUCUUCAACAAAUAUUAUGCCGGAACUUUAAAAAACAUUUAUACUUACUUACAGACCUAUUUACGUGUCUGCCAUCUCACUAUCCGCCCCAAGCCCAAAUCACCGUGUAAUGUCUACGAAAUGCUGUGUUGGUUCACUGGCCUCACUCACAAUGCAAUAUACCAGCAGUUGUCAUUCGACGCUUUCAGUGACUUGUUUGAUAAGCCGGAAAAUGCAGGAGACAAUAGCCAUGUGGUAGACGGUAUAUCAUUUGAAUACCAAACUGCGAAAUCGUUGCAGGCGUAUCCACAAACUAUCACUGCUGCAAAACUGACGGACGCACUUACGGAAGUAUGCCACUACGCCGAAGAAAUGUUGAUCACUGUGCUCGGCACUGGUGACGCAUUGACCACCUACGCCGUUGAAUUUUCAAACAACUCACAUAACUUGUAUUAUCCUUCUAGGAGUGAGGAGUGUCUUCACAUGGUGAUAUACAUUCUUCGAAAGUUGUUGCAACCACUGAGAUUUUUGAAAAAGCAGUGCAACCUGGAGACUAAAUAUUACGGUUGGCUGCAGUGUAGUUACGGCAGUGGCGUUCAGACAGCGUGUUGGCAGUGCGGCCAACAUUCCAGUAUUUAUCCACCAUCCGACCACGCAUGUUCCGGUACAUCGCCUCUUCACCUGUACCUAACUGACAGCCUAAGAGGCAUGUUGCCUCAUCAACUAACCAGUGUGGGAUGUAAAUCAUCGUGCAACACGUGUAGUAAAGGGCAGCCUGGAAUGCCCUGUUUAACGCCACUCGGCUUCAGAGGUUUCUCUGGAAGCAAAAGGUCAGGCAAAGACCUAUGUAAUGUGCUGACCAAAUUCCUAAGUAACGACUAUGUUACAUGCCUUCUCACAGUGGUCCCCAAACCUCCAAGUACGUUGCCCGAACACUUCGCUUUCGCUUGCUCCUUGGUUACGGCCAUUAACGCGCCAUCGUCACCAAAACAUAGUAACCAUAGAAUAUUUGCAGAUGCUUUCGCAAAAUCUGCAUCCGAACAGUCUAUUGAUUUAUAUAAAAACCCAUCGGACUUGACUAAUGCUCUUGCUAGUGCGUAUGGUAGCAGCGUGAGCGACCACGGCGCCAAGAGUCAUCUUGGUGUCUAUGCUGAGAUGUCAGCCCUUUCGAAAACUAUACCAUGCUCCGAUCAAGAUGUUCACUGCGCCCCCUUUAUCGAGUGCCUUUCUGCAGAGUCCUAUAAAUACGUGGCCCAGAAACACACGAAGCUUUACCUAUCGUGGGCUAUAUACCUUCCAUGGAACUUAUGGGAUUAUCUUCGUUCUUUACUUGACGCCUUUCAAAGCAUUGACUGCAGAAGCUUUGGUUGUCCAGGAUGUUCGUGUAAACCAGCAUCACAUGGAUCUAAACACAAGUGUAGUUGCAGGGCUAUAGUAUGUUGCCGCGCUGUGUUGCCAACGUUUUACCAAUAUGGGUUUACAUUCAAGGAUCCUAAAACCUUGCUGGAUGGUACGAACAGGAAAAUUUGCAACCACUUCUACACGCAAUUAGAAAUGGUUAUCAAAUCAGAAUAUUUUGAUAAAUUAUUCAAAGCAUGCGACAAUUUCCUGAAAGAAAUCAGAUGGCCGUUUAUACUAACGUUGUUAACCCUCUGGUCGCUCUCGCUCCUCUACCUGCUGCACAUCCUCGUUGUCCGCCUCGACGUGCUGAGGAUACGCUCCCACCUGAGAUCACCCUCGUCGCACCGCGUCGCCGCACAGUCCCUCCUCGCCGCCGCACGCGUCAAGGCACUCGCCAACAUCAAGUACUUCUCACCAUAA